GAUUUGAGCUGCUCGGAUUUAAACCAGCUCCCCUGACGUAACAUUCACAGUUAUUUAUUUAUUUAUUUAUUUAUUUAUUUAUUUCGCAGCGACAUCGAGGCUACAUUUUCCUCUGGCUCCUAAUAUGAGCGCCUCGGUGCCGUACAGUCACCAGGGGGCAUGCACAUAGUAAUGAUAAUAAUAAUGCAUUUGAGGAAAGUCUGCUACGAAGAGCCUCCAUCGAGUCCACCACGCUCCGUGCUGUGAUGGUUUAGGUCUAGGUUGAUGUGUCCGUCCGGCGGGUCUGCCCCUGGCUUUCUUUCUGGGGAAGAUCAUAUUGGAUCAUAUUGUUUGCAGGACGUUGUUCCUCCUGCAGCCCCCCCAGUCUAUCCCGACGUAGUUGUGAAUUGAACAUGGCGACUGUACCAGUAUAUUGCAUCUGCAGAUUACCUUACGACGUGACCCAGUUUAUGAUCGAGUGCGAUGCUUGCAAGGACUGGUUCCACGGCAGCUGCGUUGAGGUGGAUGAAGAUGACGCUCCAGAUAUCGACAUAUAUCACUGUCCAAACUGUGAGAAGACUCACGGCAAAUCCACCAUGAAAAAGAAAAAGAAUUGGAGCAAACACGACACGGGGCAAAGCACAGAUAUCAAAGCUGUUCAGAAUGGCAGUCAGGUUUUCAUAAAGGAGCUGCGCAGUCGGACAUUUCCAAGUGCUGACGAUGUGGUGGUGAAGCUCAGUGGCAGUCAGGUGACCAUGGAUUACCUGGAGGAGAACGGCUUCAAUGAGCCAAUCAUGGUUCAGAAGAAGGACGGCCUGGGGAUGUCCAUGCCCGCUCCCACUUUCUACAUCAGUGAUGUGGAGAACUAUGUUGGUCCUGACGUGGGCGUGGACGUCAUUGAUGUCACCAGACAGAGCGACAGCAAGAUGAAACUCAAAGAGUUUGUCGACUUUUACUACAGCACAAACAGAAAGAAAGUGUUAAACGUCAUCAACCUGGAGUUCUCUGACACGAGGAUGAACAGUAUCGUGGAGAGUCCACAGAUUGUGCGGCGGCUGUCUUGGGUAGAAAACUACUGGCCUGAUGACGCUUUGCUCGGGAAGCCGAAAGUCACCAAAUACUGUCUCAUCUGUGUCAAAGACAGCUACACAGACUUCCACAUCGAGUGCGGUGGCGCCUCCGUCUGGUACCACGUCCUGAAGGGAGAGAAGAUCUUUUUCCUUAUCAAGCCCACCUCUGCAAACCUGUCGCUGUACGAGCGCUGGAGAUCAUCGUCCAAUCACAGCGAGAUGUUCUUUGCCGACCAGGUGGACAAGUGUUACAAAUGCAUCCUGAAGCAAGGCCAGACCCUGUUCAUCCCAUCAGGUUGGAUCAAUGCAAUACUGACUCCAGUUGACUGCCUGGCAUUCUCUGGACACUUCGUCCACAACCUGAGUGUGGAGAUGCAGAUGAGAGCGUAUGAAAUCGAGAAGCGGCUAAAGGUCAGAACUCUCAACCCCUUCCCCAACUUUGAGACGGCGUGCUGGUAUGUAGGACGACAUCUCCUCGAGCGAUUCAAAGGUUUACAUAAAGCAAAUAAGCAGCCAGCCCCAUACCUGGUACAUGGUGCCAAAAUCAUCAACGGAGCCUUCAGAGCUUGGACUAAAAAACAGGCCCUCUUGGAACAUGAAGAUGAGCUUCCAGAAAACAUGAAACCAUCCCAGCUCAUUAAGGAUCUUGCCAAAGAGAUCAGACUGUCAGAGAAUGCAACAAAAGCCAUUAAGAGUGAGCCCAGCAUAAAGGUACCAGUGGAGGAACCCCCAUCCACCCACUCCGAGCCCGAAGAGCCCGUGUCCCCGGCUCACGUCCCCUCGCCAAGCAGAGACAAAGGCAGAAAGAAAACUUCCAAACCCCCGAAGCCUCCCAAGCCUCCGAAACCCCCGAAGAUUCCCAAGGCCCCCAAACCUCCGAAGGUUCCGAAGGUGAAGGAAGGAGGAAAGAAGAAGGCCAAGAAAGCAAAAGAAUCAUCGCCUCCUCCCAAACCUUCCAGCUUCGCAGCUCUGGAGUCUCACGCAAAAGACAUACUGAGCAAAAUGGACCAGCCGAAGAAGACAAAGGCUGUGAAGAACGUCCUGAGUAUGACAGAGAAGGAGAUCUCAAAGCAGAACAAUGUGGAGAAGUUUGAAAUCAGAGAGCAAAAUAAAAACAAGACAGAAGCAAAGUGGAAAUACAAGAACAGUAAACCAGAUUCCUUGCUGAAAAUGGAGGAGGAGUGCAAGUUUGACCGGACACCGCUGUCAGGCAAUAAAGACAGGUUCAGCUUCACGAUGUCUCACAAGAAGAUGCUCGGCUCCAAGGCGCUGAAACCACAGACCAACUCGAGUGUUUUUGGAUCAUUACAAAACCUAAAAGAGGACAAAACCAAGCCAGUGAGAGACGAGUACGAGUACGUCUCAGACGAGGGGGAGCUGAAGAUCGACGAAUUUCCCAUCAGGCGAAAAAAGAACACCGUGAAGAGAGAUCAGUCCUUUUUGUCAGACAUCAAAGAACCAAUUCAGCCAGCCAAGAAACCAAAGCUCCAAUCCAUGACGACCAAGAGUGCGGACUCCUCAGAUGAAGAGACCCUUCACAUAGACACAGAGGUCAAGCCUGAGGUCAAGCCUGAGGUCAAAGGUCGCAACUCCAAGGUCAAGAAAAAGGCUGGCAGUGCGGCGGGAAUCCUGGACCUGCUGCAGGCCAGCAAGCAAGUGGGUGGGAUCGACUACAGCACCAACAGUCAGCCACCUGCAUCUCCCAGCACACAGGAGGCCAUACAGGGCAUGCUGUCCAUGGCCAACCUGUCGUCUUCAGACAGCUUGCAGCAGCCUUGGAGCAACAGCCAGUCCAAAAACAAUAGCCAGUCAAAGAGCAACUCCCACGGCACGCAAGGUAGCAAAAAGGCUGGCGGCGGAGGGGCUGCAGGCGGUGGCGGCAACAACAGCAAGCGACCUUCCAAACGGCUCCCGAAGAAACCCCGGAAGAGCAGCAGUAUCGAGAGUCUGGACUACGAUGAUGAGCAGGAUCACAUGGACGCCUGUUUCAAGGACUCAGAUUACGUUUAUCCCUCAUUGGAGUCCGAGGAGGAUAAUCCUGUGUUCAAGUCCAGAUCGAAAAAACGGAAAAGCAGUGACGACACUCCGUACAGCCCCACAGCGCGGGUCGGACCCUCGGUGCCUCGACAGGAGCGGCCUGCGAGGGAUGGAGCCAGAGUGGCCUCCAUUGAAACUGGGCUGGCAGCAGCUGCAGCAAAGCUUUCCCAUCAGGAGGAGCAGCAGAAAACCAAGAAAAAGAAGAAAAGCACCAAAAAGAAGGCAAUAGUAAUCGAGGAGCCCCAGAGAAUCUCUCAGGACAGUAGCUCACCAGAUCACAAUAUGGACUCCCACGACAGCAGCCCCAUAGACCCCGAGUUCAACACCGGGACGGUGAAGUCACCGCCCGGGGGCCCGCAGCCCAUGGCACCAGGAGUCUUUCUCAGCCAGAGGCGACCGUCCAUGUCUUCUCCUAACAACAGCACCAACUCAUCGAGCACCAACAGCAGCAGCAUGGCAAAGGGAGACCGAGGGGCCUCAGCGGAGGCCAAAGCGAAGCGGCUAAAGAAAGGCAUGGCAACGGCCAAACAGAGACUUGGAAAGAUUUUAAAGAUCCAUCGAAACGGAAAGCUCCUCCUGUAGCACGCAGCAGAUUGCUGUAGGACUGGGAAUUCAUGAGCUGGGUCCCAUCCCAACCUCACCCCGUGUUCACUGAAUAAAGCCAACAAUGAGGAGAAAAAAAUGAAAAUCAUGCAUUUUUCAAUUUCUAAGAAGAACAUCACUCAAAUAGGUUUUUGCCUCUACUUAUACUUUAUAACUUUCAGAUAUUGAAGUGUACAGAACCUACUAUAAAUAUUUUUUAAGAGAACAUGUCUCAUUUUACUACAGCUGUCAGUUUAUCAGGGGUUGCUAAAACAUGAAGUAGAAGUACAUUGCAGUCAUUCCAAGAUUUUUGAAAGUAUCCCUUGCAUGUAUUCAGUUGCAUGUGCGCUUGGGGGUCAGGGUUUGGGGAUUUUACACUUUAAUUCCUCCUGAAUGGAUGCAGCUUAUCAUUGACACGCUGAGGAUCAAUGGUGUGAAACGGUGAGAUCGCCUCCCUUCUGCAGUUUAAAUAAUUCAACUCGAGCAUUUAUCUCUUAAUGUUGCAGAGCACUAUCAGUGGUCAUAUUUAUUUAUUAGGGUUGAGUCGUAUAUAGGACGAGGAACUUAACGCAACAACUGAAAAGCACAAAGUGUAUCAAACAGCAGCAGCAGCAGUGUCGGGUGUCUCUGGUAUAACGUAGGACUCAGAGUUAACGCAGGCCUGCUGAAUAGGAUUAGAUGUAUUUGGACUUCAAGCAUAGGAACCUGUAGCUAAUGAUAAGCCUCAUCCAUGUCGGGUCUGCAGUUACAUGGGGAUACUUUCUCUCUUCUUUUGCUUUCACAGGCAGCACCGACACCCUGUAGACUCCUCUCUGCGUUGUUAUUGCUUCACACAGAACAGUAUAUAGAAUGUAGCUUGUACAUAGCCUUUUAAAUUACUACUUUUUGUAUCCUUUUUCCUUCAGGCUUAAUUCUACAUUUUUACUGGUUUUGCUAAUUAUGAAUAAAUGAAUACAAAUAUAUAUAUAUGGUUAUACAGUAUAGUCCUACUUUUUUUUAUUUUUAAUUUCUUUUUUUUUUAAUUGCAGAGAUUAAUUUUGUAUUAUUUCCCCCCCCCCGCCCGAUAGAUUGAAAGGUGUUGCCUGGAAAACAAAUGAAGAUUUAAUACAUUUUAUUGUCAUAUGGCCUUACAUACACAAAGCUAAUUGUAUUGUGAUUCUGUUUGAACAAGAGACGAAGCUUUGGGGUGAAUUAUAUAAAAGGAAAAAAAAAAAACACUUAAAGUUUCUAUGACCAGCCUCUUGUUCGAAUUCUAGUAUCCUGAAGGGUUUCGGAAUUAUUUUACUAGCACCUUGUGAAGUGUUUAUGUGUCAGUGAUGUAAUUUAUUAAUGUUUGUAGCUUUUUUAUACUUGUACAAUUCUUAAGAGUUUUUGUUUUUGAAUAUUUCAUCAACUUGUGAGAUGACCCUUUGCGGACAGUUUUUGUUCUCCUGUUCUUUUGGGAUUCGGUUUUUUGGAUGUGUGUGUUUGGGGGGCAUCAUGAACAUGUUACGCACUAGAAUCUACUUUAGCAAACUUUUUUUUUAAAUCUCCAUUCUGUCUCCAUUCAAUGUCUAUGGUAUCAUGAUACACUUUUCCAAUGUGAUAUGUUAUUAUUAUUAUUAUUAUUAUUAUUAUUAUUAUUAUUAUUAUUGUUAAUAUUAUAAUUAUAAGCGACUGCGUCCACGCCUCCAUCACACUGUUUUAUUUGGUCAGGACAUUUUGAACACAGUUAAAUGUGCUAUGCUCUAUAGCCGCAGUGUUUUAGUCACAGAUGUAAACCACGUGUCCACUUCUCAGAUACAGUAUGAGAUGCGCUCCGAUCAAACUCUGCCAUUGGGACAUACUGUAUUAUCAGGUUUUUAUUUGUACAAUAUGUGUGUUGCUUUGUUGUGGUUUAUUUUUGUAUGUCUGACUUAUUAAAUGCAUCCACUGUGCCAGGACAGUGAAUGAUACCUGUUGUAGCUGUCUUCCCUUACUGUUAUUUACAGUACUAGUAAGUAUUUACAAUCCUUUUUGACCUGAAUCUAUAUUUUUCUGUAUUCAGACGAUUCUGUUUGAGAUCAUGGCUCACUUUUUUAAGACAUCCAGAAAUGGCAGAUUCUGAGGAACAAGCAUAUUGUUGUUAAAUGAUAUGAUUGUCAGCCUUGUUUACUUUUGCAAUACAGUAACUGUGGAAAACCUUCUUUGUAAUGUGUCCCUCCUCCACUUGCAAUGUGAAGGCUUCUGUGGUAACAACUAAACAUGUUUCUUCCUGCUC